UAAGUAUGUGUUUUACAAAUGCAAAUAAAGUAGGCGAUCAACUUUGCGUGCAGACAUACAAUUCAGCAUUAUGAUAUGGAGUAGAUACUAAUUAAAGUUAAAAUGGGCAAGAUAAGAUUUAUGCUGUUGUUUCUGCUGACGUCAGUCCACACAACAGGUGCCGAUUAUUUGGACAUUACUGGAGUAAGACUUGUAGAUGGCAAUGGUACAUUUAGCGGACGUGUUGAGAUCAAGGUUGACGGCGUUUGGGGAACAAUCUGUGAUUACGAUUUUGACAUGAACGACGCCAAAGUUAUAUGCAGAACACUGAAUCUAACAGCAACAUCAUUCUUUACGGGAGCACAUUAUGGGCUAGGUAAAGGACCAGUAUUUGCUCAGAGGUUUUAUUGCAAUGGAUAUGAAAGUCACCUUAGAGAUUGUCACUUCCAACCCAAUAGUUUUUGCUCUCAUUCACGGGACAUUGGAGUAAUAUGUACAGAAUGUGGGGAAAUUGACAUCAAAAAUGGAAUCAUUGAGUCAAUAUCAUCAAAUGGUUCGGUUCUUACAACCUCUUGUGCUACUGACUACCAGACAAACAUGCACACAAGUAUAUGCCAAAGUAAUGGAACAUGGUCAAACGACAUUACUUGCGCAACAUCUGGAUAUCCAUUGAACAUCACUGAUAUAAAACUUGUUAAUGGUAUAGGAUUAACAGAUGGUAUUGUCGAGCUCAAGGUCAAUGGUACUUGGGGACAGAUAUGUCGUAACGGCUUUUAUAGCAGCGAUGCAAGAGUUGUAUGCAAAAUGCUUGGAUUCAACUACUGGUUUUACGAAACACAUACAUAUUAUGGAAGCACUUCAAACCCUUACCAUUUGGACAAACUUGAAUGUAUAGGAACAGAAGAUCAUAUAAAUGACUGUUUAUACGACGUCCGGCAGACUUGUUCGAGUAGUUAUCCAAUAGGCGUUGAAUGCAGUUAUCCGUACAAUAUAACUGAGGUACGUCUUGUGGAAGGAACAGGUCCGUAUGACGGCCGUGUAGAAGUCAAGAUCAAUGAUGACUGGGGUACUGUGUGUAGUAGAUAUUACUAUAAUAGUUACAUCAGCUCAAAUGCAGCCAACACCUUAUGUAAAUCAAUGAAUUUAAAAUUAACUCACUAUUUUACACGUUCGUCUAUAUACGGGCAAGGAACAGGUUAUAUCUAUGCUGGUUAUCUUGGAUGUACAGCUACGAAUAAUCAUACCAGUCAGUGUAAUGUUCUACCCCCAAGAAAACAAUUUUGCUCGCACUAUUACGAUCUGGCACUGGUAUGUACACCUUGUGGUGAAAUUACUAUACAACAUGGCUCAUUUGAAUCUUUCAAUGGUACCGAAAUGACAGCUAAGUGCAACGUUGGAUAUCAACCAGAGAAAAUAACAUUUGAUUGUCUUGCAAACGGGACUUGGAUACAAAAUGCCAUAUGUUCAUCAAAAUAUUCUUAUCCGUUAGAAAUAGAAAAAAGUCAUUUGAAGCUUGUAAACAGCUAUGGUCGUCACGAAGGUCGUGUUGAGAUUCAAGUUGAUGGUAUUUGGGGAACCAUAUGUAGCAUCAACUUUACUAUAGCAGAGGCGAACGUGAUAUGUCACAUGUUCGGAUUAGAAGCAAGUCAAAUGUACACAGAUACAGGGGGCGACGGCCCGGUUUUUAUUUCAAAUCUUCAAUGCAAUGGAAGUGAAACACACAUCAACAAUUGUUCUUACGAUGUUGAAACUGAUUGCUUGUACACACAAAGUGCAGGAGUCUACUGUACAGGGUAUCAGCUGAAUAUUACUGGAUGGCGACUGGCGGGUACAAAUGGACCUUAUCAUGGAAGAGUCGAAUUAGAAGUAAAUGGCACAUGGGGAACAAUCUGUUCGCGAGGAUUCGGUGGCUGGCAUUCAGCAAAUGUUAUAUGCAAUAUGUUUGGAUUACACCUUGGCUACAAUCUUCCCGGACAGCCCUCGUACUAUCAUAGUGCACAAAAUGGACAAGGAGAAGGACCGAUAUACAUAGAGAGUCUAUACUGUGCCAGAACAUCCGAUACACAUAUAAACGAAUGCAGAUAUGUUGCAAACAACUACUACGGUGCAUGUUCGCAUGCACUAGAUUUGUCAGUGAAAUGCUAUGGUCCGUUUCUGAAUAUAACGGAUGUGCGAUUAACAAAUGGAACAGGGUCUAACGAUGGUAGGGCAGAAAUCAAAAUUAACGACACUUGGGGAACUAUUUGCGAUUCCAAUUUUGCUUUAAGAGAUGCGGAGGUGUUUUGUAGCAUGCUUGACCUAAAGGCGGUGAGAUUCUUUACCGGGGCAUUAUAUGGAGUAGGAAGGGGGCCUGUUUAUAUUGAUCAACUUUUCUGUGAUAGUUAUGAUGUUGUUCUAAGUGAUUGCCAGUAUUUGUUUCUUAAUGAAUGCAGUCAUAGCAGAGAUGUUUCUAUAGUAUGUAAUGAGUGCGGGGAGCCAGACAACUCUCAUUGGGAUGCUGGAUAUUUUACAUACAAUGGUUCAACUUUGUAUGCUGACUGCUCCUACUAUAAAACAUAUUUAGGCAUAUUAAAGAUGACUUGUGACAAUAAUACACAGACAUGGAAAACAGAAGGAGAAUGUCAAGAAUACGGAUAUCCAUUAGAUAUCACUGAAAUAAAACUGUCAGGAGGGAACUCAACGUCAAAUGGUAGGGUGGAAAUAAAAUCUUUUGACACUUGGGGAACAGUAUGUGACCAUGGUUUCGGUAAAAAUGAAGCCGACACAAUAUGUGCAAUGAUUGGUUUCCCUCCUGCGGUCUCAUUUCUCCACGGCGCCUACUUUGGCGAAGGUUCUGGUCCAAUAUUUGUUGAUGACUUACAAUGUGAAGAUAAUGCUACACAUAUCAACAAUUGUAGUUACGACACCUAUGAUAAUUGCUAUCACUUCAACGACGUUUCUGUUGUUUGCACUGAAUGCCCCUCACCAAAGCCUACAAAUGGAAGCAUAAAUUCCUCAUCUACACAUUACCUUGCUGCUGUGACCGUCACGUGUGACGACGGAUACAAUUUGAUUGGUGAUUCUGAAAUACGUUGUAAACUUGAUGCGACAUGGAGCAGCAGUCCAACUUGCAAAUUGAUAGGUAUGCCAUAA